AUAAGCGCAUCCAGCACCUUCCAUCCCCCCUUCGACCCCAGUCACAUCUCCCCAACAUGAACGGUCCCCCGAUUUCCCAUCCCUAGCCAUAUCACUGCACGAUAUUCCCAUAGGGUCAUCGCGAGUGACCGUCACCCUCGUUACCAUCCGUGAAUCCCUCAGUUACACGCAUAGACGUCAUUGCCGGCGAUCGGCGCAUCUAUCCAACCAGCCGUCCUUUGGAUCAAUUAUUACCACAUAUCUUUGCCGGACAACUAUUUCAUUCCUGUCUUCAUCUUCGUACAAUGCAGCCCUCAGAGGAAACCUCAGAAACCCAGCCCGGUCGGCCAGGCACUCCGCCGCGCCCGCCGUACUCUCCAGUGACGCCCGUCUUUGCGCACCUUGCACCCGUCACCGUUCCAGGCAACGGAGCACCUCACCCCAUUGUUCCCCCAGCGGCGUCGCCUUCGCCAACCACAAACGUGCCACCUUAUGGCUCUGACUUUCCUCCGCCUGCGACAGAGCCCGUCUUUGUGCCGGAGCCAGCCCCAGUGCCGAUCUCAGAAAGCGAGAAUCCGGAUGCCAUUGCUCUACGAUCCGCGCUCUCCAUCCUGCAGCUGCAGAAGCAACAAAGCGUGCGAGAUAUCCAGACUUUGGAGAAGUUUAAACGGGCGGCAGCGGAGGAUCCAGAGGGAUUUGCCGAUGAACUGGUGGCGGGGAAUAUGUCGGCCAAAGAUCCGGGGGGCUUUAUCAAUUUCACCCAAAAUGAUAAGGAUUCGGACGACGGUGAUGCAGAAAUUCCUAGGAAGAGGGUUUUAUCGGGCUUGGGACCGAUGCCCACGCCGCAGAACGUGGUGCGCAUGCCGCCCGUUAACUGGGCCAAAUACCAGAUCGUGGGCGAUCCGUUGGAUAAAAUGCAUGAGGAGCAGCGGGUGCGACCAUUCCCCGGUGAACCGAGACUUAGCUCUCAGAAGGCACCGGAAUAUCUUAUCGCAUCGCCGUUGCGGCCCCUGAUUGACCCUCUGGAGAGCCCGAGCAAGCUCAGAAAAGCCCACAAAAACAGAAAGACUUGAUGAUUAGAAGAUUACCUAAAAAGCUAGUUACAGGCGCUGUCCGUAUGAAGCCCCGUCGAUUCAUAGCACAUUAGCGUCAUUAUCAU